AUGUCCCGCUUCUCGACGCUCGCUGCUGCUGCCACGCUGGUCAAGGUUGCUCUUGCCGGCACCACGAUCUGGUCGGGCUCGUUCGACUCUUACCCGACGUCCGAAUCCUUCGACACCUGGUCGUGGGCGAAUGAAGUCGGCGAGUACCAGUGGUACAUCCACGGUUCCGGCGCGACGUCCGAGUACCUCGCCGUCGACCCCAGCUACAAAAACCCGGCGUCGAGCGAGGCUCAGGGACUUCGUGUUACUUUGGACGCGACCUCGCUAUGGAACGGUCAGACCAUGGAGCGUACUGAGCUCAUCCCACAAACUUCGGCGAACCUCGGCACGGGUAACCUGCUGUACCACUUCAGCAUGAAGCGCGACUCUACGAACCCACCUGAGUUCACGGCUGAGCACCAGAUGGUGUUCUUCGAGAGCCACUUCACCGAGUUCAAGACCGGUGUCGCACCAAACACGACCUACCUCGAGUGGCACGUUGGUGGCGUGCCUCAGUGGGGUGUUCCGUGGGACGCUGAUACCUGGUACAACUUCGCCUACGACAUCGACUUCAGCGGUUCUACUGUCGGCCUCUGGGCUUCGACUGGUUCAGACCCUCUCGUGAAGGUCCACCCGAACAUUGGUGCAUCGACGUCCACGAACAGCGAGGACUGGCAUCUGGGCGUGCUCCGACUUCUCAUGGACAGCGCCGUCGAGCACUACUACUUCAGCGGUGUGUACAUCGAGCAGGCUCCGAUCACCACCUCCGUCGGCACGGGAGGCAGCUCCGGCAGCGGCAGCACCACUGGCGCGGCCGCACCCACUACCGCUGCCCCUACGUCAGCUAAGCCCACCACCUCAGUGUCCGCGACUACGAGCGCGGCGGGCCCAGUGCAGACCAAGUACGGCCAGUGCGGCGGUACUGGCUGGACGGGACCUACUACCUGCGCGUCUGGCUCGACUUGCACUGCAGUCUCCGCACCGUACUACUCCCAGUGCCUGUAA